CCCUUACCAGAACACAUUUUGAGCACGCCCAAGGCAGCCAUCAAGAUGCGCUCAUAAAGCAUCCCCCAAUCGUCUCCCGACUUGCUCCCGCAGGGUCGUCAAAAUUCCUUCCACAAACUUUAUUUGUAACGAGCUCCCCACUCAACCGCCUGCUUCAGCUCUUCCUGAAAAGGUAGAACUGAACUUUAGCACCCUGCUUCCUAGCUCGCGCUCAAGUUCUUCUCUCAACACCGCCGCCAUUCCCGGCCAAGACUUUCCAGUCUUCACCACGGAUUCAAAUCAGUCAAGAUGGCUUCCCUCCAGUUCCCCGAGCCUGCCGGCACCAUCCGCGCAUCAACAACAACUGCAGCACCUCAACCUGCCGCCUCAUCAACAGGACUUUGUCUUGUUCGAUCAGCCGAUCAAGCCACGCCGUCAACCUAAUCACCGCUCUGUCUCGCAACCUUUGGCCAUCGGAGGUGUGAAUCAAAACCAGCAACCCCGUCAUCAGCCGCUUUUUCCGCAGCAGGCCGCGACCUCGCCUUCUCUGCCGAACCAGCGCGUUGCUGGCAUCAUCCAGGCCACAGGGCAUCAAACGACUUCUUCGGCUUUUGCAAAUCGGUUUAGCUCUCCUGCGCAGAACACGCCCUCGCAUCAGUUCUACGCCUCUUCGGCUCCAUCUUCGUCAGUUGCUCUGAACCUGCCGAACCAGAACCGGCCUGCCCGCCCGCCCGUUCCUCUGUUUCUGCAAGGCACCGGUAACGCAGCGCAAGGCAAGAUGAACCUGCAAGAUCUGGAUUUGGAGGACUUCACUGCCUUCGAAGGUGGUGCUUCCGCGACGGCGUAUUCUUCGCCCGCGCUUCCGAGCGUGUUCGACGUGAGCAGCAGUGCUUCCAACUCGACAAGCAACAUGGGCACUGUGUCCCCGCAGGACCUCCUGAUUCAGGAGCCGUUCAUGUCGGCACCCAACUCCACGGCUCUCACCGCGCUCACUUCUCCGUCCAUCUACGGCGAAUCGCCCGAGUUCAACGAUUGCUAUGAUGUGUCGCCCAGCUUUGGCAGCGGCGACUUUGACACGGGCUCCACCGAGGCUUGGUACCCGCUCUUCCCCCAGGCGAAUCCAGAACCGGCGGUGUCGCAGAAGCCGGCCAGCGUUGAGGCCUCGCCGGCUUCUAAGUCCGAUGACCUGGAGGUGUCGGGGUCGACUUCAGGACACCGCCGCAAGUCGUCGGGCACGUCCCCUCCGUCCAGCCGACCGUCAUCGAUCGCUCGCGUUGGCUCGCGCCGCCGUGACAAGCCUCUGCCUCCCAUCAUUGUGGAGGAUCCGACCGACGUUGUGGCUAUGAAGCGUGCUCGGAACACCCUUGCCGCCCGCAAGUCGCGCGAGCGCAAGGCACAACGCCUGGAGGAGCUGGAGGAGAAGAUCUUGAAGCUGACCGCGGAGCGUGACCACUGGAAAGCUUUGGCUCUCGCUCAUGGUGCAAAGGAGUAAACCACAGGUGCGAUGAUUUCUCUCCGGGAUGACACAGUAACCCUCAGUGCCUAUGCCAAGGGCAUUGAGGAGGGGGUAUCACUGUGGUUUUUUUACGUGUCUUUUCUACCUUGGAUUUUCUUUAGUGCGGGUGCCCGGGUCGUAUAUCACCGGGCUUGGGAUCGGCGUGUUUCUUUGUUCUCGAAUUUCUUAGGAGCGGAACAAAAACAGAAUGUAUUUGGUAUGCCAACUUCUGCCGUUGUAGGUUCAAGAAGAGAUUUGAGUUCCUUGCUUGUCUGCUUGCCUGCGU